AUGCAGACCCCGAGACAGCCUGGAGAGGCUGUGAAGGCUGCAAGAUGCAGUCGCAGGCGGGCGCUGAUGCCUAGACUUCCCCGAGCGUUACCCUCAUUGGACAAUGGAUGUGACGGGUGCAAGACAGGACGCGAACCAGUUUCAUCAUCUAACUCUUCCUCUAAACACACUUACGCUGAGACUAUUGUAGCACUAAAACACUUGGGAAGCGGUGGAGAAGCCAGCCGAGUACGAGGUCGGUACCCGCUGCGUAACCUGCAAGUGACUUCAGGUUACCGUGCAUUCUCUGCGUGGGUGCAGGUAUCUUGCUCGUACCCGGCCCCAGGCACCGGAGAUGCCUGGGGACACCCGGGCAUCCACUUAGUGGACAAAGUGGCCAAUCAGAGCCCCGGAUGGGCCUAUGACUCACACCUGCUGACCGCGUCCAUUGGUCUAACGCCCAAUGCGAGCUCGUCUAUCUCUCGUGAGACAGGCAUCAUAGAUCCUCAACGGACUUCGUCUUUUAUCAAUAUAUCUUCUUCCCACCCCUCAGAGUCUCCUGUCCCAGGACCUCUGAACUUUAGCACCACCUCGGGUAGCUCAAGUUCUUUGAACAACAUUUCUACGUUCGACCUCACGUCGUUCAACACGGAUCACCAUCAGCAAACAUGGCUCCCUACACCCCCGCCCCCGCAGCCUACGGCUCAGAAUCUGAAUUCCAACAACGACAACAACAGUGCCAACUCCCCACAGGAGGACUUUGUGCUAUAUCCUCCCCAGCAUCCCAGGGACUCUCGUGCGCCAGCACCUCUGAGUACAACCCCUAGAUUUCCUGCCAAUCAUCCAUCUCUGGUCCGUCUUGGGCACCUUUCUCGACGACACACUCUCAGUUUGCAGCAGCAGCGUCAGCAGCAGCAGCUCUCAGCCUCGCCAGUACAGGUUCCUCGCUUGACCAGACUUGCCUCGCAGUCUACCGGGUUCUCUCUGUCUUCGUCUCAUCGGUUUAGUCCCUCCACUAGGAAGCACCUUUUGCGUCUCCACGCAGCGUCCGUUGCUUCGAAUUCUCCACCUGCAGUUCUGAAUUCUGCGUACCCCAAUCGCCCGCCCGUUCCCCUAUUCAACAGUCCCGCCAACUCCACCUAUCAGAAACGGCAACAAAUCCCAAUAAAUCACCGUCGCAUAAUGUCUACUCCCAACAUCGCUCAAGAUCUCCCCGAUCUCUUCGAUCUUCACGCUGAUCGCUUCGGGGACGAUUUGGUUCCUACGACGGAGCCCACCAUGCUCUCCCCUCAUCAAAUGACCGCCGGCGUCAUGGCAGGUCCCGAUUCCCUAGCGGAUCUGCCAUCUGGCACGAUCUCGCCCAAGGACCUGUUCAUGGAUGCCUCUGCUCCGCCGUCGGCCUCUUUCACCGAUUUGAGCACUCCCUCAUUCGAGUCCCCAGGAUACUUCAGCCAAGAACCUUCCCCCAUGUUCGCUACGGACUUGGAACUAGGCCCUGGCGUUGAGGAGUGGGGUUCUCUCUUCCCCAACCAGGAUGAUUUCUCCUUGGGUCUUGAUACCACUGCCCUUGAACUUGCGGCUCUGUCGCAGCCCAAGCUCAAGCCAGAUGUCACCCCUGCAUCUCCUAUGAUCCGGACUACAUCGUCCCGUGCUACGUCUCCAUCCGCUCGUUCAGUGACCAAGCACUCCACUGUGGCCGGUGUGAACGCGCGCCAGAGAAAGCCUCUGCCUCCGAUCAAGUUUGAUUGUCAGGAUCCCGUGGCCAUGAAGCGUGCUCGCAAUACCGAGGCGGCUCGUAAGUCUCGCGCCCGUAAGCUUGAGCGCCAGGAAGAGAUGCAACGCCGGAUUGAUGAGUUGGAGAAGUCGCUCGAAGAGGCUCAACGUCGUGAGCAAUAUUGGAAGGCUCUUGCCCAGAACAAGGCCUGA